CGGCGACGUCCUAGGCGGCGACUCUUGAAUCAAGGAAAUUGGAUAGUGGUCUUCACCGAAUCUAAGAUCAAUUUCAUCAGUAGGUUAAGGUAGGGAGUUGAAGAGGAUGCUUGAAGACUAAAGGUUUGGUGGCCUAAAAUUUAGUUACAGAAGGAUAAUGUUCUUUUUUUGAAGGAUGAUGUUCUUAUUGUUAAUUUUGUC